AGAUAAAUGUCAAAUUCAGUUGACGUUGUUCCGUAUUCAGAAAGAUCGGAAGUGGACAGGAUUAAUCAAAUACAAAGGAAAUGAGAAUUGAUAAACAUGCUUAGUGCUAAUUACGUACAUACUACGUCUUUCCAAACAGAAUGCAAGCAAUCACUCUAUAAUUAUCUACUUUUCGUACCUUAUAACACAUAUCACAUCGCAAACAUAACCUCUGAGAUAUUUAUACGUUAAUUUGUUUUAGUAUAAAAUUCGUAGAAAUUGAAGUACUAUUGACCAACAGUUGAUCUUAUUCUUUCCAUUAUCUCGUACUUUAUUACUAUAUUAUUGCAUUAUGCUAUUUAUAACAUGGACAAAGUGCCGAAAAUUUGUUUCACAGUGUGAGUAUAUAUUUUAAUAGAAGUUACGAUCUGCAAAAGGUGAAAGUCAAGAAAUAAUAAUGAAACGAACCCUAAAAGUUACAUCAACCGAUGCAAUAGCUCCAAAGAGGCGUGAUUGGGCAACAGGUUUGCUCGUUUCUAUGGAAGAUCCUCAGUAUAAAGUAAAGGAAAAUGAUAAAGUUGUUGUCAUCAAAGAUAAAUAUCCAAAAGCCCAAUAUCACUAUUUAGUUAUACCAAAAACAGACAUUCCGUCACUGUGGCACAUAAAAAAGGAAAAUGAAGAUUUAUUGUUUCACAUGCAUAGCGUUGCUGAAGAUUUAACUCAAGAACAUAAAGAGUCUGAGUUCCUUAUUGGAUACCAUGCUGUACCAAGCAUGCACAGAUUACAUUUACACGUAAUAAGUACAGAUUUUAAUAGUCCUUGUCUAAAGACCAAGUAUCAUUGGAAUUCGUUUACAACUCCCUUCUUCUUACAUUCAGCAGACAUUUGCAACCAGUUACGCGAGAAAGGUGAACUGAAAAAAUUGAAGUCGGAAGAGAGCGCGCAACACUUGAAUACUCCUCUAAAGUGUCACAAAUGUCCAACCAUUUCAAAGAAUAUGCCGGAUUUAAAAAAGCAUUUGUUGGCGCAUUUGUCAAAUUAAUCAGAAAAAUCUCUUCCUGUGCCUGUUUUUACGCAAAUAACCACCGCUACUGCAGCACGCAAAAUACUUCGAAGAAAAUAAUCAAUUAUUCAAAUAACUAGAUGUGCUUUUUAUAUGGUAAUUCCUUAAGUUACAGGAAAAUUCUGUAAUAAAUGUACUCUUAUGCAAUAUGGAUUAAUGUUGUAAUGGAUUAAUUAAAUACUUAAGUUCCAAUGUCAUCAAGACAUUUUUAGAGUGCCAUAUAUGAUCUUAAGUAUCUUGUAAUUAGUUUAUAAUGUACAAUAAUCGUAGUGUAAAUAUACAUUCUGUAUAUACCUA